AGGAAUUGAGAGGAGGGUUCUUUACUCCUUUUAUUGUAACCUACUCACCCACACCAAAACAGGACCCGGCAGAGCAGACCAGCCAACCUAAACUGAUACAAUUUACUUAUUUAUAAUUUCAAGAGAAAUAAGGACUAAUCGAAGGGAACAAGGCCCAAUUACUGGAAUUUAAACUGAAUAUGCCUAAACUGAAGAUGGGGUUUGUGUUUUUUUUUUGUCGUUUGAAAAUGUGAUCUUCUAACAUGUGUAACUGUGCUUAGUGUGACUCCAUCAUGGUGAGUAGUCGAAUAACCAACUGGACACUGCACUGUACUGCUUUUUUAAUAUGUGUAGCCUAGCCUACAGACAGUCCACUGGUGCAAAACGAUGCCAUUCUCUGCUGUGAAUAAAUGUAGUCACAAGUAAUGUCAGAAGUUUUCUCAGAAUGUAAGAAUGGCAGAGCCUGAGAUGUCCAGAGAUGACUGUGAAUUAUAUAAGAACGUGUUUUGCAAUCCAGCAUUUGAGCCAGAAACUGACCAUGUUGAAAUCCAAGAUUCAUUUAAAGUUGCUAUUUCUUCAGAACCUAUAAAGAGGCCUGCAGCAAAUGCAGGAUACAGCAGCAUACUGAGUGUGUGUGUGGUGCGUCUGAGGGGUCUGUGGUGUAGCUGGGGGACGCUGGUAGUGUCUGCAGCUGUGCUGGUGUUGCUGGCUGUCCUGAGUCUUACUCUAGCUCUUGUUCUUACACAGUUAAAUGAAGACUCCUCUGAAGAGGAAGUACUUUCUCCCCUGGACUUGUGGAGUGGUGUCACAGGUCCACCCAGUCUUGCCCCGAAUCCCACCAUUCCUCAUCCUGCAAUGAGCUCUGUGGCCCCACAGCUUGAGCAAGAGGCCACUACUUAUAGAAAAUGUGGUGGUGUCUUGACAGAUUCAGAGGGUUCUAUCAGCUCUCCUAACCACCCCGGUCCAUACCCUCCUGACUCCAUGUGUGUGUGGGUAAUCAGGGUGUCUCCUCCCUCUCUAGUCCAGCUCCAUAUCUCCUCCCUGGCUGUCGAGGGACCGUCCCCAUGCCUCUUUGACUGGGUUGAGAUCAGAGAAGAAAGAGAGCAGACCACCACAGUUAGCAGGUUCUGUGGCAAUGUGGCUCCACCCACUGUGAACACCAAUAGCAGCACUGUAUGGCUGUCAUUCCGGUCUGACAGCAGUAUUGGGGGCAACGGCUUCAUUGCGCAAUACCAUGCUAUCCUUCCAUGGCAAAAAAGCUGCUCCAGAGAGGAGUUCAUGUGUGACAGUGGUCGCUGCCUGCUGCCUGUGUCUGUUUGUGACAGUCAGCCAAACUGCCAGGACCACACAGAUGAAGCUAACUGCAGCCAUAAACACAAGGAGUGUGGAGGCCAAAAGAAAGGACCAAGUGGUUCACUGUCUAGUCCAAAUCACCCAAAACCUUAUCCUCACCAGCAGCUGUGUACGUGGCGUAUAUCUGCUGAAGAAGGUCAUGUUAUCAGACUGAGGUUUCAGAACUUCAGUCUGGAGACUCAGGAUGUUUGUGAGUUUGACUAUGUGGAGGUGCACGACAGCGCCAACACCGGAGAUGGAAGGGUGCUCGGCAGGUUCUGUGGCUCAGGUCUCCCACCUGACCUGACCUCUUCUGGGCCAGUUAUGACUGUGGUGUUUGUGGCAGAUGAAGGUGUGGCUGACAGUGGCUUUUAUGCUUCUUACCAGGUCAUCUCUCUCUCAGAAAGAACCUGCAGUCCUGAUCAGUUUGCCUGUGCCACAGGAGAGUGUCUCCAUCAGGAUUGGCUAUGUGAUGGGUGGAAUGACUGUGCAGAUGGUGCAGAUGAGCAAAACUGCAAUAACUCCACCUACCCUCCAUUCAGUAAGAAAUACACUUCAUCCUGUGAGCCCAUUGAGGUGGAGAUGUGCCAGGGUCUGAGCUAUAACCUCACCUCUUUCCCCAACAUUUGGCUCACCAUUGCUGAUCAGAGAGAGGCUGCCGAAAUGCUGCACCAGUAUAAAGUGCUGAUGGAGCUGGCGUGUUUUGAACCCCUGAGGAAGCUGGUGUGUACCAUGUUCUUACCACAGUGCAGCCUGCGAGGGGGCGUACUGCAGCCGUGCAGAUCCGUUUGCUCAGCAGCAGAGCAGCAGUGUAGCCGAGUGCUGGAACUCUUCAGUCUGACCUGGCCUUUUAACUGCCACCUGCUGCCGGACUCCCUCGACCCCAUGGAAUGCUCCCUCCCUUAACAUAUAUACAGCUCAAAGUGUUUCACUGUGAACCAAGACUUACAACACUUUAAGGUCGGUCUUUGCUGGUUGGAGUACCUUGCGGACUGGACUACUAUUUGGACUUGUGACAGUUUUCCUGAGUUGUUCCUGUUUAAAUGUGGUAUUAAAAAGUGUACUUAUCAGUAUGCUGGACCUGUUUUAAA